AUGGGCGUGGAGGAACUUAGGAAUUUGGGUAAAGUUAGUGUUUUCUUGAGUUGUCUACAAGCCAUCACGGUGUCAUUACCUAACUGUGGAAGUAACUUCUAUUUACCAAAGAGUAGUUUCAGAGACAAAGGUGCUUCGUCUCUUACCAUUUGCUUGGGGAGAAUGUCCUGGACAAUGAUCAGGAGCUCGGUUAGUGGGGGCAGAGUCGAUCCACCAUCUGGUUCAUCAAGUAAUAAAAGCUCCAGACGUCCAAGAUUAAUCAAAGCCAUACAAGAUCUCAGAACAAAGCUUCUGGUGAAAAUUCAGGAGAUAAAGAAAGAUCUCCCCAUGAAACUAUUCUUUCUUUUGGUUGGUUUCUACUCUGCAACUGCAUUCUCUACAUUUAUUGGACAAACGGGAGACUGGGAUGUUCUAUCAGCUGCAUUGGCUGUUAUUGUAGUUGAAUGCAUCGGAGCUUUAAUGUACAGAGCAUCCAUUCCAUUAAUCAACAAGAUGCGGAGCACAAUCACCAUGUUUAACUAUUGGAAGACAGGACUCGCCCUUGGACUGUUCCUAGACUCAUUCAACUCAGACCUCGGAAAGCAACAACAAACACCGGCGAAACCUGGCUCAAGAAUGUACAGUGGUCAGCAAAAUUUGACAAGCUGUGUCCCCUCUAUGCCUGUGAAACCAAUACAUGAAGGUUGUGAAGACUUUAGCGUCAUUGAAGACAAAAGCUCAGGUCUCAAACUUUACAAAUCACGAACUCGAAGAGAAAGAACCAAACCUUCAAAUCUACUAGCAAACAAUGCUCCAGUCUUGCGACUCUUGUCUGUAAAGACUUGUAUUUGA